AUGGAACGUUUCUAUGUCAAACGAAUGCUUGAAAAACUCUCUCCGAGCACUUUGUGUGAACACUCCUUGAAGGACUAUCAUGUCCAAGGAGUUCAGUAUUUAUGUUUGGAACGAUCCCAUCAAAUAACUACAAAAGUCUAUUUGCUAGAUCCUCAAUUACAUGGUGCUAGAUCUUCAUGUUCAUCUCAAAUUCAUUCACCAUUGGACUCUAAUGAUUCAACACCAAAAUUGGAUGAUGGUCAUGUAGCAAAUCCACACAAUCAUCGAUAUCAUUUUAAAACGACAGUAUUAGCAGGUCAAAUGGUGAAUAAGGUCUUUGAGGAACGACCAUGGAUUGAAACUUGUCGUAAUAAGAAAGAUCAUGCUCACUUGUUUUGGAAAUUUGCAUACUUUUAUCAAAAUCAUGAAUUUGUGAAAAUGAAUCAAGUCGUAUUGGAACCCACACAAUGGGAACAUGUACAUUUGGGAGAAUCGUAUGAAUUAAGUCCAGAACAAAUUCAUACCAUUCAAGUGAGUGAUCAAGAGUUCACAGUUCUGUUUUUACAACAAUUUCAAGAUGUGGUGUCCAAUGAAUUUCCUGGAGCUUUUUAUUGUCGAGAAAGUGAACCACCCAAUGUGCAAGGAUUGUACUCGAGAUAUUCAGAGAUGGAAGUUGAUGAAUUGAGACGAAAAAUUUUGGAAUUGAUUUGA